UUACCUCAGAUUAGCUUGAUUAGUUACGUGUUCAGCCAAUGAGCGUUUUCGUUUCCUUUGCUAGCUAACGACUUCGCACGUUGGAUUUUAAGCAUACUUUCUUUGAGCUGUUUGUGUCGUAGCCACGAUCAGCAGCCAUGGCGAGCUGCCGCUCUUUUCACUCGCAGCUCUCGUCCAUCAUGGAGACGAUGGCCAGGUCUGCCCUGAGCCAGGUUUGCAAACUGGUGGACGAAGACUCGGCUGAGCUGCGGCAGGAGCUGUCUCGGCUCCUGUUUGCAAAUUCAGCCCUGGCAGAGAAAGUAAACAGCCUGGAGUGCGAGCUGACUAUUGUGAGAACCGACGCCCCUAGUUUGUGCAAAAGUUCUCGCAGUGUGGGUGUGCAAACUGUGUGCUUCAGAGAUGAGGAUGCUGCUGUGCCUGGGCCUCCCACCAUAGAGGGGAUCUUUGGAAAAGAUUGGUGCAUGAAUCUAUGGAAAGACAGAGACCCGUACAGUCUGCAGAGAUACACAGACUCACCACAGUCCCCUGAUAAGUCUGUGACAGCACUAUCUGACCAAAUAACUGUGACUGAGAUCAAAGAGGAAGACUAUGAGGGGGAUGCUGUCAGUAGCUGCCAGCAGGAAACGCUCAGCACAGAAGCAGAACAUGAAGACAGCAUGGCUGAGGAAUCAGAGCAACUUUCUGUUGGUUACACGUUCGAUGGCAGCACUUGCAGUCUGUCUUUUGAUCAAGAUGGGGAACAGGUUGUAUCGGUGGGUGGUAUUGAAGAACCGUCUGUGCAGGUGGUAUCCAUCAAUGAUACAGAAGAAGCUUUCAGCACUCAUAUCAUUCCAAUCGAAGAGGAUGACGACGACGAUGAUGAUGUUCAGUUUGUUCAGGAAAGUCAGCAGGAGCCAGCAGUGAACACUAAUGAAGUUGGGCCCAGCCAUGACGAGCAGCAAACAAUGCCAGUAGACAGUACAGAAAAAGACUCUGCUGUGGAUAAAGAGUCUCACAAUGACUUUAAUGUGCGUAACACAGAAACUUCCAGAGAUCAAAACAGAGAGAGAUUUACUUGCCAAAUAUGUAACAGGACAUUCUUUCACAAGGGCACUCUAACACACCACAUGAAGUCACACAAGUCAAACUUUUGCAGCAUCUGUAAGCAACACUUCCCGCACAGGAACAAGUUAAACUCGCACAGCUGCCUUCCUCCAGUUCCAUCUCACAGAAUCAGUAAGUCGUGCGAGUUGUGCGGGAAGAGCUUUGCCAACCCAUCGGCUCUGAGGAUUCACUACGUUGUCCACACAGGUGAGAAACCCCACAGGUGCAGCUUAUGUGGGAAAGGGUUUACCCAGAAAGGCAAUCUGAAGUGUCAUCUGCGCAUCCAUACGGGCGAGAGACCGUUCCGCUGUGUUAAAUGUGGGAAAACCUUCACGCAGAAGGUGAACCUCAACCAUCAUUUAAUGGCACAUAUAAAUCGAGAGGUUGUAGGCGAGAGGCCCAUACCUAGGAGACACGUGAAGAACAUGAUAGCAGCAAUCAGUCAGUAACAAACUGAAGUAACUUAUCAACUUUGACGCCUCUUCUACGGUUUUAAAACUUUAGCAAAAGGAUAGUUAAUGUUAUGUCUGUAAUAAAUUGUAGUCUGUAGUGUUGUGCUUAAAAACUCUUGUAUGGAAGAAAAAUAUUUUAGUAGUUUGGUGUUUUGACUUUACAAAUAAAA